AUGGAGCAUUUUUCCCAUAUAAAUGAUUGGUGGAAAUCCGGAAGUAAUAUGGCUCCUUUAUAUUAAUAUAAUAUUUCCAGAGUUGAUUAUAUUAGAUAACAAAUAUAAUAAUUUGAAGAAAAAAAUAAAUAUAAUCCAAUAUAACCUUUACUAGAUAAAUAUAUACUAGAUGUAGGUUGUGGAGGCGGUUUAUUAUCUGAAGUAAUAUUUUUAAUGAAUAUUUUUUUUCAUAUAAAAUAUAUAGAGUUUAUGUAGACUUGGAGGAAAUGUUACAGGAUUAGAUGCAAAUCAAAAUUCAAUAUAAAUAGCUUAAUAACAUUAAAUUUUAGACCCUAUUUUAAGUAGAAAUUUACAAUAUAAAUUAGGAACUUUGGUUAACAGAUAAAGAAAAUUAAUAUGAUAUUAUUACUUGUAUGGAAGUAAUUGAACAUGUAAAUAAUAAAGAAGAUUUUCUACGUUUAUUGAGUAAAUAUAUAAAAAAAACGGAAUUUUGUUUAUCUCUACUAUGUCGAAAAAUAGCGAAUCUUAUUUAAAGUUAAUUCUUAUGGCCGAAUAUAUAACUAAUUUGGUUCCUAGAGGAACACAUAAUUGGGAUAAAUUUAUAAAUCCAGAAGAUUUGAGUAAUAUAUUACAUAAAAAUAAUCUAAAUGUUGUUAAUGUUUAAGGAUAUGAUUACAAUUUCUU